AUGCCUGUGACUGACAGGUGGUACAGACGGCUGCUUCGCCAACUUCGAUGUCUCACCUCCCGAGAGGAUCUGAGCAGGCACCGGGGCCAGGAUGGGCAGGGCGGCAGGAGAAAGCUGGAGAGACUGACAAGAACUCGGGAAGUCGUUGUCGUGCUAUUUGGCUUCUUUCCAGGUCGCAGAGCCCCUCGACCAGCUUCCAUGUGUCACCGAAGGCAGGCCAAACUCCAUGUGGAUGACCCUGCGGAUUCCGAUGAAGAAUGGACACCUAGGCAGAAAGAACUCAGAAGCGAGGAAACUGAAGCGAAGACGUAUAGCCUGCGAGAAAGAAAGGGUCGUACAUACGAAGAGGUCGAAGAGCCUGAAGAUGAUGACUACUUAUUUUGUGAGCAUUGCCAGAACAUCUUCAUCGACAGCUGUCCGGCUCAUGGACCCCCUACAUUUGUAAAAGACAAUGAAGUAGCCAUGGGGCAUCCCAACCGCUCAGACCUCACUUUGCCCCCUGGGCUGAGAAUUGGACCGUCGGGCAUCCCCGAGGCCGGGCUUGGAGUAUGGAAUGAGGCAUCCGAUCUGCCGUUGGGUCUGCACUUUGGCCCCUAUGAGGGCCAGAUCAAAGAAGAUGUACAGUCAGCCAACACUGGCUACUCCUGGGAGAUCAGCAAGGGGAGAAACCGCUGUGAGUAUGUGGAUGGAAAGGACAAAUCUCGGGCCAACUGGAUGAGAACCGAAGCCAGAGAUCCACCCACGUUCUUCAAGCCCUCUGGCCUUCUCCAAUCAGAAAGGCAUCAGGAAACAUGUGAAACGCGAUUACUCCUCUCAGACCUUCCCAGCGACAUCUGCAAGAGAACAUCUCCAGCCAGGCAAUCUCUAUCCAGUUGCUCAGAAUCCGGAGCAGCAACGUUCUGA